AUGUCUAUGAAAGCUUUAGUAUACAACGGACCAGGUAAAAGAGAAUUCAAACAGGUUCCAAUCCCAAAAAUUGAAAGUUCCAAAGAUGCAGUGAUUAAAUUAGAAGCUACAACAAUUUGUGGUACAGAUUUACACAUUUUCAAAGGUGAUGUUCCAGAAGUCAAAGAAGGUACAAUCUUAGGUCAUGAAGGUAUCGGAAGAGUUCAUGAAGUUGGUUCAGAUGUUACUAAGUUCAAAGUUGGUGAUCGUGUUUUAGUUGCAUGUAUUACUGCCUGUGGAAGCUGUGUUUACUGUAAGAAGAACUUACAAUCCCACUGUCUUGAUGGUGGCUGGAUUCUAGGUCAUAACAUCAAUGGUACACAAGCUGAAUACACUCGUAUUCCUUAUGCUGAUAACUCUUUGCAUAAUGUUGAAAAAUAUGAAGGCAAAGUUUCAGAUGAAGCAUUGUUGAUGAUUUCAGAUGCUAUGCCAACUGGUAAUGAAAUUGGUGCUUUGAAUGGUCAAAUUACUGAAGGUGACGUUGUUGCAAUUGUUGGUGCUGGUGGUAUUGGUAGUUCUGCCUUAGUUGCAGUUAAAUCAUUCAACCCAGGAUUGAUUAUUGUCAUUGACCCUGAUGAAGAAAGAUUAAGAGUUGCAAAGGAAAAAUUUGGUGCUGAUGUUGGUAUUAAUCCAACUAAAGUUGAUGUUGUUGAAGAAAUUAGUAAACUUGUUGCUACUGUUAAUGUAGGCGAAAGAGCUAAUUUGACAAACAAAGUUGAUGUUGCAAUUGAAGCUGUCGGUAUUCCACAAACUUUUGACACUUGUCAAAACAUUAUCGCACCAGGUGGAAGAAUUGCAAAUGUUGGUGUUCAUGGUAAAGCCGUGAACUUCAAUAUUCAAGACUUAUGGUCACAAAACAUUACAUUGGCUACAGGUUUGGUCAAUGCUUACUCUAUUCCUGAAUUACUUGAAAAAGUUGCUUCUAACAGAGCUGAUCCAUCUGGACUUGUAACUCACAAGUUCACUUUUGACCAGAUGGAAGAAUCAUAUGAAACAUUUGGAGAUGCGUCCAAGAACAAAUGUAUCAAAGUGUUUGUAAAAUUUUAG